AUGUCCAUUGCUAUCGUAACAGUGUUUGUGCUUUGCUGGUUACUUUUCAGUACUAACCAUUUAAUGAUAGCGUAUCAGGAUAGUUCUGCCCAUUUCUCCUGUAGUUUCCAGAUAUACUUUGAUGCAACCUACUUUCUGAUUCACGCUUACUGUGCCAUCAACCCGAUUAUCUGCUUCAUGUUUAGUAGUAAUUAUCGGCAAGGUCUUAAAAGACUCAUAAAAUGUUCUUUUGUACAGGCGUAAGUCGCAAAAGAUGUGUUUUUGAUAUGCAUGAAUAUGUCAAGAGUUAGAGGUUCAUGGAAAAUUUGCCAAUAAAAACUAUCAUGACUGUUAAUGUACUUUGAGAAGUACAAUGUGUUCCAGUCUAUGCCUCCCUGCCUCUGCCCUGCCAUGACUGCGAAGAGUGACAGCAUAGGCAACGUAUUGUAAGAGUUUGGGUGGUAAAUAACAGUGCCAGAUCCAGACCUUGAGAUAAGGAGGGGGGCGGUCAUCCAGACCCUUAGAUAAGGGGAGGGGCAGGUCUCUCCCCGGGUCCCUCCUCUGGAUCCGCCACUGUAUAAACUCAGGGAUGGACCCCUCACCCUCUCAGCAGCAGCCGAGCUGACCAUUCGCUCGCUUGAUCACUUGGUGUCACUCAACAAAUUAGGAGGUUCUGCUCGCAGGGUGAGAUGGACCAUUAGAAACGUUAUGGGGGUGGGGGUGGGUGAAGUACAAAAUAAAUAUUCAUGCAGGGGAAAAAUAAACUGAAAAUAAAACGAAAUGUCAACGAAAAAUAAUAUGACAGUUUUCACCGAUCGAUUUCUAAAUGAGACAAACAGAGUGGCUUAGUAUUCAUUAAUCUGCUCGCUGUAGUAUAGCGGGGGCAGCGAUUCCUUUUUCCUUUUUCCCCACGCGAACAUUUCGCUUGCAUUUCUUCCUGAACAGCUCAGUUUAACCAAUGUAAAGAAGUAGGAAUGGUCACGGAUGGAAAAAAAAGACUUAGUGCCGCGUAUCAGCGACAGAACUGAUGUAAUUGCAGGUGUUCAAACGAGCACGCUGACAUGCGCGGGAACCAGGCUGCUAAGAAGACGUUGGAACAGACCAUUAUGUUCCUUAAACUGACGUCGCGCUUGCAAGCCACAAAAGGUGGUUGCAUGAGGAGGGACACAUCGAGCUUGCUCAUCCGUUGAUCACAAUAGAGUGCGAAGGUUCUGCAGUAGAAAUCGUUUGACCUUGAUGUUUAAUUAUAACCAGCGGUAUAUGAAAUCAAAGGGUACUCUAUCAAAGUAACGUCACGCUUUUAGGACGGGAGCAGCGCGUCAUGACGGCUAAUGGUUGCAUUGAUAUGAGUUACGCGGGUGGGUUUUCAGGUCAUUCUUAAAAUAAAAUGCCACAACAUAAUAUUAUCGAGAGACAAGAAUUGUAGUAAAGAAAUGCUAAAGGUUGUAGCAAUUAAAAGGAGUCAAAGACUGACGGACGAAACACGUACGCCUUGUCUUUUUGUUUAAGGAAGAAGUUUGUUUUAUAACCUGAGUCCUAUUUUAAGUUCGAUCGAGAAAUAAAUGCAUAAAAACUACAUGUUUUAUGCACACCUGAUAACAUGCAUUUAUAGUUUUGCCUCAAACUCCUGUUUAGCCUGUGCUUUUAUAGCUUAAAGUCAGCUACGCCCCUCAGUGCUUCCUGUAUGCUAUCAAAUAGUGUAGUUGAUGAUCGAAUAUGCGUAUUUUCAAAUUGGCAACACUUGCAUUUGUUAAAGGAAAGAAUAAUGGCUUUACAAUAAUUGACAAGAAAAACACAUUUUAGUAUAUUUAAUCGAUUUUGUGUAGUUUUUGCUCUAAAUCUUAACAUAUUCAGUCGAAAGCACAUUUUUGCGACUUACGACUGUACAAGAGCACAUUUCAUGAGUCUUUUAAUUCCUACUAUAAAUACAUUGAUAGUCAUGAUAAAUUUAUUCCCGAGUGUUCCACGAACCUCGCACUCUUAACUCUACAACCAAAACCACAUUUUUGCGACCUACGCCUGUACAAAAGAACAGUUUAUGAGUCUUUUAAGAGCUUUUCGGUAAUUACUGCUAAACAUGAAACAGAUAACUGGGUUGAUAGCACAGUACGCGUUAGCCAUAUAAAUGGAGACUUCAUAGGAUAUCCAGAAACUACACGAAAAAUGCGUGAAAUUGUCCUGAUACCAUAGAAUUAAAAAGUUGAUAGAGUAAGGCAACCAGCAAAGCACAAACACUGGUAAAUAAUGCACCUAUCAAUAUAAAUCCCGUGGGGCGGGGGGAGGGAGGCGGACAAGGGGCGGGGAUUUGAUGCCUGAGACUAUCCCCAUGUCGGGCUUUUGAUCCUGCGAAGCGACUCCGGGAUCGGGACAUUUGACUUUGACCGACAGAAGCCUGGUAUUCCUGGUAUCAAUUCAGAAGCAGUUACCAAUUCCGUUCCUCGAGGCUUUCUGAAAGUCACGCUGUUGGAGAAAGGUAUGGAGUUCUCAUUUGUUUUAAUCGCCAUAAUCCGAUACUUUUAACUGUCAUCUAAACCGAUAAUGUCUAUUUUAAAAACGUUUAUAUCUUCAAGUUCCCAUCUGAUUGUAAAACUCAAUUGAAAUCGAAUUCCACCAUGAAAGUCAGAGGAUUUUUUACGAGUCACUGAUCUGACCUGUUCCGACACGUUGAGGAGAUGUUAUAAAGCAUUUUAAGUUUCAUUAAUAUUAUAACAGCACGGUCAAUCUUCCUGGAGUGAUUUUGUUGUUCAAAAUAAGAAAUGCUGGUGGAGAGAGAAAAUACUUAAUUACAGCGAGUAACUUAACGGAGCUUACGUUAACCUUAUAUAAAAGUAGUAAGAACGUACUUUUGAAAUGUUUUUUUUAUUCGUUUUAUUUUGUAUUAUAGUAUUGUCUGUUUAGAUUUUUUUCCCCUGGGAUGGGGUCUUUUUUGACACUUUUGAUUGACCUUUCGUUUCCCACCCUGGGAAAUUUGAUCAAAAAAUUUUGAAAUUUGUCAAAUCCCCACCCCUUGCCCGCACUUCCCCCCACGGGGUUUACAUUGAUAGGUGCAUAACAGUGCCAGAUCCAGACCUUGAGAUAAUAGGGGGGGGUCCAGGUCCCCCAGACCCUUAGAUGGGGUAGGGGGGAGCCAGUCUCCAAAAAAAAUUUUUCGGCUUUUCGGGUCUCGGUUUGGUCUAAAAAUAAUGGGUGGCCCGCGCCCCCCGGGUCCCUCCCUUGGAUCCGCCACUGAAUAACACUCAGGGAUGGAUCAUGCACCCUCUCAGCAGCAGAGCUGUUCAUUCGCUCGCCGCUUGAUCACUUGGCGUCACUCAACAAAUUGGGAGGUUCUGCUCGCAGGGUGAUAUGGACCAUUAGAAACGUUAUGGGAGUGGGGAGGGGGAAGUACAAAAUAAAUAUUCAUGCAAGGAGGAAAUAAGCUGAAAAAUAAAAAGAAAUGUUAACGAAAAAUGAUGAGCUCCUGUUUUCACCGAUCGAUUUCUAAAUGAGACAAACACAAUGGCUUAGUAUUCAUUAAUCUGCUCCCUGUAGUAUAGCAGGGGCAGCGAUUCCUUUUUCCUUUUUUCCGCCCCGUGAACAUUUAAUUUCGCGUGCAUUUCCCCCUGACUAUCUGAGAGCCUGGAACAGCUCAGUUUAACCGAUGUAAGAAGGAGGAAUGGUCACAGAUGCAAAAAAGACUGAGUGUCGUGUAUCAGCGACAGAGCUGAUGUAAUUGCAGGUGUUUAAUCGAGGCCGCUGACAUGCACGGGGAACAGAAGAUGUGUCUUCUGUGGAACGGACCAUCAUGUUUCUUAAACGUACCUCGCGCUUGUAUGCCAGAAAAGGUGGUUGUAUGAGGAAGGGCACAUCGAGUUUGCUCAUCUGUUGAUUAGAAUAGAGUGCGAAAGUUCUGUAGUAGAAAUCGUUUGACCUUGAUGUUGAACCGGCGGUAUAUGAGAUCAAGGCGUACUCUAUCAACGUUACGUCAGGCUUUUAGCACAGGAGCAGCGCGUCAUGACGGCUAAUGGUUGCAUUGAUAUGAGUUACGCGGGUGGGUUUUCAGGUCAUUUUUAAGAUAAAAUGCCACAACAUUAUCGAGAGACAAGAAUUCUAAUAAUGAAAUACUGAAGGUUGUAGCAAUUAAAAACAGUCAAAGACUGACGGAAGAAACACGUACGCCUUGUCUUUUUGUUUAAGGAAGAACGUGUGUUUUAUAACCUCCUAUUUUAAGUUCGAUCGGGAAGAAAAUGCAAAAAAACUGCAUAUUUUAUGCACACAUGAUAACAUGCAUUUAUAGUUUUGCCUCAAAUUCCUGUUUAGCCUGGGCUUUUAUGGCUUAAAGUCAGCUACGCCCGUCAGUGAUUCUUGUAUGCUAUCAAAUAGUGUAGUUGAUGAUCGAAUAUGCGUAUUUUCAAAUUGGCAAAUCAACUAACAACACUUGCAUUUGUUAAUGGAAAGAAUCAUGGCUUUACAAUAAUUGACAAGAAAAACACAUUUUAGUGUAUUUAAUCGAUUUUGUCUAGUUUUUGCCAGGGGGAAAAUUUUGUCGGCGGCGCCUUUGAAGAUUGUCCCGUUCCAGGCAAAAUUUAAAAAAUGCACGGCAAACCAUCCGCAUCAUUUAUCAGGCGUUGAUGAUGACAGGAUAUUCCGCUAUUCAUAAGCUCUCUUUACAUUUUCACCGAAAGCAUAUUAGUUUUGAAAAGUAGGUUGUUACAUAAAUGACAAUAAACUCAGUCCUUUCUCUUUUAAAUGACUCCCGUCAUUAAACGUCCCUCUUGGAACCCUAAAAGUAGUAAUCGCUAUUAUAUAAAAAAUGAAGUGUCACAACGUUAUCGGAAAAAAAGAGCUGUAGCCAAAAAGUACUGAAGUUUGUAACAACUAAAACUGAGCAGUCAAAAAAGUCUGAACAAGCCCUUGUCAGAAGAACCUCUGCUAGUUUCUCUUUGCCGACAGCAGACUUUUGGUUUUCCCAUUUUUACCUCGAUCGAGAAGUAAAUGUUAUAAAACUUCAUGUUUUAUGCACACGUGAUAAUAUGCACUUAUUUUUUCCUCAUGUUCACCUGUUAACCCUGGGCUUAAUGGCCUGAAGGCAGCUUCGCCUCCGCUUCCUGUGGUUAACUGUCAAACUUGUGUAGUUGAUGAUGGUACUACCAAAGAUAUCAUUUUUUAAUGUGUUAAAACACACUUUUUUAAUCAUCUUCUCAAUCGACUUCUAAAUACAACCACCUGACCUAAACGAAGUGUUCUGGUUGGUUUAUAACAUACUAAUACCCCACUGUUUCUGUCAAAAGGUCAGUUAGCGGAUAAUGCCGGAACAUUACAAUACAAAGUCAUUCUUUGAAGGCCUCGGAGGACAGCUGUGCUGUGGCUUCGCGGGGGGCUUGCAACUGUCAAUAAAAGUUCUGCCACUCAAACAGCAUACGCAGUAUACAGAGCAGUAAUUCAAAGUUACUUGACUGCAUGUGUACAAUUCCGUAGAUACGUCGCAAAGCUCAGCAUGAACUCAACGGCGAACGGAUCCAGCGAGUCUUCGAGCUGCUUCACUCAGUUAAAUUCCACAGUGUGAAAAAUCGGAGGAACCGUUGCCUACUGUCUGUUCAUUAUCGUUUCACUGGCCGCAAAUUCUCUCAUUGUUAUGAUCGUUUAUAAAACGCCAAACUUAAGAAAACCGAUAAAUUAUUUCAUAGCAAACAUGGCCUCAUCUGAUUUGCUGUUUCCAAUAUUCUGGAUACCUUUGAAACUGUCAAAGUUGAAUACCACCACGUUUCUUAUCGGUGGUCAGCUUGGCCAAGCCUUUGUGUAAGCUUGUCUUCUUCUUUGCAAAAGUUUCCUUUGCCGUUUCGAUUCAGAAUCUGAUUCUUAUAGCAGUGGAUCGAUUUGGAGCCGUGGUGUUUCCACUCCGUUCACCACUCAUCAGAUCCAAGCUGUGUCCUUGCUUCAUUCUCGCCACGUGGAUAGUUGCCGUAGCUUUCAAUUCGCCAUACUUGUUCACUUUCAAGCUAGUUGAACACCCAGAGGGAACCUGGUGUGUUCAGAAAUUGAAAAAAGCAUUCGCAGAGUCCUCAUCCUUUGUCAGUUACCAACUAGCUUACCACAUUCUGUUUAAAUUCAUACCUGUGCUGUUGCUAGUCAUUCUUUACUCCAUCAUUGUUAUCAAGCUCAAGACACAGGUACACCCAGGUGAACAGUCUGCCAACAGUCAGCAACAGCGGGACAGAAGAAACCGAAACGUGCUUCAAAUGUCCAUCGCUAUCGUAACAGUGUUUGUGCUUUGCUGGUUACCUUACUCUAUCAACCUUUUAAUCCUAUGGUAUCAGGACAAUUUCACGCAU